CCGGAUAGAUUUUCCCCGGCACCAGAACCACACGACAUUCGGUCUUUUCGCCAUUUUGAAUUCCAGCACCAAGGCUCGGUGCACGCAGCUGAAAUCUCUGCUGAAGCUCGACUAAAGGGCAGCCUCAGUAACAAUAUGCUCGUCGUUGCUCUCGAACCGGCGCAGAGUUGCGUCUCCCAAAGCCAACAAGAUGCCUUUCCACGACCUUAACGUGGUGUACACUCCUAACCAUGUAGACCUCUCACACACUCUCGCGUUCCACGCCGAACUGGGCUACUCGGUGGUUGCUAUUUCUCUGUCUGUCACAGGCAAACUUCCGCCUACACCUCAGGCUAUCCCUGUGUCCUCAAUCACCAUUCCAGCAAGCAUCGGCACGGUCCUCACGCGACUGACGCUCACAAUCUCCGACGCAACCCAAAACCAUCGCCUCUCCCAGUUCUCGCCAGCAUACUCCUUGCUUGCCCUUCGGCCUACUACAGAGAAGACCCUCCAACUCUGCUGCACGUCCCUCGAUUGCGAUCUGAUCUCCCUCGAUUUCUCUCAGCGGCUCUCCUUUCCGUUGAAGUUCAAAACCGUCUCGGGGGCACUACAGCGUGGGAUUCGUUUUGAGAUAUGCUACUCCCCUGCUAUUCAGCCGGCGGGAAAUAAUGAGGCGAGGAGAAAUUUGAUCAGUGGUGCCACUGCUCUGAUUCGGGCAACGAGGGGUAAAGGGAUAAUCUUGAGCAGUGAAGCCACAAAUGCCCUGGGGUUGAGAGGACCUCAUGAUGUGAUUAAUUUGGCCAUGAUUUGGGGACUGGGACAAGAACGGGGAAAGGAAGCAUUAUGUGAAGAAGCCAGGAAGGUCGUGAGGUUGGCGGGAAUGAAGAGGACAAGUUUUCGAGGCGUCAUCGAUAUCAUUGAUGGAGGCGAGCGUGCUUCCCCUGCCAGCAAAUGCCAGGUGGAACGAAAGGAGAGCUCUACUCCACGCGAAGUUGUUCAGAACCGAAUGGCGAAGGGAAAGGAAGCGGCAACGACCGUCAACGAAUUGAAACGAAAGGCGUCCGAACCAGUCCUGGUAGUUUCGGCGCAUCAGGACAAUCAGCUCACAGCGGAAAAACCGCUUUCGAAGCGCGAGAUGAAGAGAAGAGCAAAGAAGGCUAGAACGGAAGGUGGAGAUGGUAGUAAAGCAGGGCCCGACGACGCAGAUUCACAUCGCGUCCAGGAUACCUCUGCAUCAGAUUUUCCUAUCAAGCACGAGACACUUUCCGAUAAGAAAGUGCCGCCCAAAAGCUAGGGACCAGGGAAUGUCUUGCCUAGAGUCCCGCUUCUUCAAUAUACAAGAACUGAAACGCAAUAGUACUGUCCGAUCCAA